GGGCUGCCAGCCAGGGAGGGACAGGGGCAGGGAGGCUCCGGCCAGUCCCAGCAGCCGGGGACAGAUGCCGAUCGAGAUUGUGUGCAAAAUCAAAUUCGCAGAGGAAGAUGCGAAACCCAAGGAGAAGGAGGCAGGGGAUGAGCAAAGCCUCCUGGGGGCAGCACAGGGGACAGCAGCCCCCCGGGACCUGGCCACCUUUGCCAGCACCAGCACUCUGCACGGGCUGGGCCGGGCCUGUGGCCCAGGCCCCCACGGACUACGCAGAAGCCUGUGGGCACUGGCCCUACUCACCUCACUGGCCGCUUUCCUGUACCAGGCUGCCGGCCUGGCGCGGGGCUACCUAACCCGGCCUCACCUGGUGGCCAUGGAUCCCGCCGCGCCAGCCCCAACAGCGGGCUUCCCCGCCGUCACCCUCUGUAACAUCAACCGCUUCCGGCACUCGGCCCUCAGCGAUGCCGACAUCUUCCACCUGGCCAACCUGACGGGGCUGCCCCCCAAGGACCGGGAUGGGCACCGUGCUGCCGGCCUGCGCUACCCGGAGCCCGACAUGGUAGACAUCCUCAACCGCACCGGCCACCAGCUUGCAGACAUGCUCAAGAGCUGCAACUUCAGUGGGCAUCACUGUUCCGCCAGCAACUUCUCCGUGGUCUAUACUCGCUACGGGAAGUGUUAUACCUUCAACGCUGAUCCACAGAAUUCACUGCCCAGUCGGGCAGGGGGCAUGGGCAGUGGCCUGGAGAUCAUGUUGGACAUCCAGCAGGAGGAAUACCUGCCCAUCUGGAGAGAAACAAAUGAGACAUCAUUCGAGGCUGGCAUCCGGGUGCAGAUCCAUAGCCAAGAGGAGCCCCCCUACAUCCACCAGUUGGGCUUCGGUGUGUCCCCAGGCUUCCAGACCUUUGUGUCCUGCCAGGAACAGCGGCUGACCUAUCUGCCCCAGCCCUGGGGCAACUGCCGGGCGGAGAAUGGGCUCCGGGAGCCCGAGCUUCAGGGCUACUCAGCCUACAGUGUGUCUGCCUGCCGGCUGCGCUGUGAAAAGGAGGCCGUGCUUCAGCGCUGCCACUGCCGGAUGGUGCACAUGCCAGGCAAUGAGACCAUCUGCCCGCCGAAUAUCUACAUCGAGUGUGCCGACCACACACUGGACUCCUUGGGAGGGGGCUCCGAGGGCCCGUGUUUCUGCCCUACUCCCUGCAACCUGACUCGCUACGGGAAAGAAAUCUCAAUGGUCAGGAUCCCCAACAGGGGCUCAGCCCGGUACCUGGCGAGGAAGUACAACCGCAAUGAGACCUACAUCCGGGAGAACUUCCUGGUCCUUGAUGUCUUUUUUGAAGCCCUGACCUCCGAGGCCAUGGAGCAGCGAGCAGCCUAUGGCCUGUCAGCCCUUCUGGGAGAUCUCGGGGGACAGAUGGGCCUCUUCAUUGGGGCCAGCAUCCUCACACUACUGGAGAUCCUGGACUACAUUUAUGAGGUGUCCUGGGACCGACUGAAGCGGGUGUGGCGUCGUCCCAAGACCCCCCUGCGGACCUCCACCGGGGGCAUCUCCACCCUGGGGCUGCAGGAGCUGAAGGAGCAGAGUCCAUGCCCAAGCCGGGGCUGUGCUGAAGGUGGGGGAGCCAGCGGCCUGCUCCCCAACCACCACCACCCUCCUGGCCCCCGAGGAGGCCUCUUUGAAGACUUUGCUUGCUAGGACGGUGCUGUCUAAAAAGACCCAGGGGUCUGGGAACCCUUCCAGGAUCCCCAACAGUCUCCUCCCUCCUGGGACACAAGGCCUGGGGGCAGCCCGAGGGAAGGGGGAGAGGGAAGAGGGCAGUCCUCACUGGGAGGGUGGGGAUUCAGUUCAGGCUCUCACCAGCUCUGGCGCCAGCUGCUUUGCACAAGGGUCUUUCCUGUCCACCCCCCCACCCCUCAGGCUGGUGCCCAGGGAGGGCUGGAGGGGAAGGAAGGAAGGGAGUGAGGGAGGUGGAGGAAGGGGCCCACCCUAGCAGGGGUGGAACCCCCUGUACAUUUGUAUAUAUUUAGGGAGGACAGGGUGGGGGUGGGGAAACAGAUGUAGAAAGUGGGUGGGGCUAUGGGGGUGGGUGAUUCAGGGACAGCCAGAGUCCCAGCCCUAGAAUGUCAGCAGGAGAAGGAGAACCCCGGGGACUCAGGAGUGCUGGACUGGUCCUACUUCCUUUCCCUCUCCAGGCCCAGCUCCCCUUUUGGCAGGGGGAUUGGGAGGCCCAGCAGGCCUGGCCCAGCUCCCAAUUCCCCCUGCCCCAACCCCACCUUCAGAGUCUCCUCCACAGGGAGCAGGCUGACCCAUUAGACCUUGGCUGAGCUUGGGGGUGGGGAAGGGAGCCUUCUCGAUGGGCCUCUCUGCCUCUGGUCUGGUUUUAUAAAGUGCUGAUGAAACUGAGAAUAAAGAGGCAUAAAGAA